AUGGAUGGUCCUAUCUCAUUUACACGGGAUACCUGUGUUCCUGAGGACAAGCAGUACAGCAUUACUUGCUUCCAUGUCGGUCAUCCCGGACGAAAGUGGUCUCAGCUGUCUGAACAGGAACGCAGGGACACAGUGAUGAAGCAGUUCAACGACGCUUUUGGUACAGUUGUCGAAAAAGUCCCUGAACCUAUCAACAUAAUUGAGAAGGACUGGCUCAAGGAUCCUUGGUUCCUUGGUGGACCUAGCCCAGUGAUGAAGCCUGGACUGCUGACUGGUGCUGGGAAGUCUAUUCGUAAUCCUUUCAAGAAUAUUCACUUUGUUGGGACGGAGACCUCUAUUGUUUAG